AUGACUACCAGGUCUAAGGCUGGCAUUUUCAAGCCCAAAGCUCUUGAAACCACUAUUUCAAAAUCUGCAUCCAAGCCUCAAAUUGACUAUACCAUCACUAAACCUCCCUUUUAUAAAAUUGCUGCACAAUUUUCACAAUGGUGCUCAGCUAUGGAUGAGGAGUUUACUGCUUUUACUAGACAAGGCACCUGGAUCUUGGUGCCACCUUCACCAUCUCAGAAUGUUGUAGGUUGCAAGUGGGUCUUCAAGCUAAAACAUAAUAGUGAUGAUAGUAGUAUAAUCAAGUUUAAGACCAAGUUAGUAGCAAAGGGGUUUCAUCAACAAUAUGGUGUUGAUUUUGAGGAGAUUUUUAGUCCAGUAAUUAAGCCACCUACUGUCAAAAUCAUUAUAUCUCUUGCAGUUCAGUUCAAUUAG